AUGAACGAGAAGAGGCUGCAAGAGCUAGAGGACAGCGUGCAGAGAGGCGUGUUCGAGGGAGAGAGCAAGAGCGAGAGACAAGGCAGGACGACCGACAAGGCUGACCGUGCGACGACCGACCAAGUGCUGGACCCGAGGACGAGGAUGGUGCUGUACAAGCUCUUGAACAAGGAGACUCUUCACAGCAUCCACGGUUGCAUCAGCACAGGGAAGGAGGCGAACGUGUACUAUGCGACCACCUCGCCUGAUGAGGGCGAGCUGGCGAUCAAGGUCUACAAAACCAGCAUCCUGGUCUUCAAGGACCGAGACAAGUACGUCAGCGGCGACUAUCGCUUCAGGAACGGCUACAGCAAGCACAACCCGAGGAAGAUGGUGAAGAUGUGGGCUGAGAAGGAGUUCCGCAACCUCAGCAGGAUGCAAGCAGCUGGCAUUCCCUGCCCGACACCUCUCCUCCUCCGACUUCACCUCCUCCUCAUGGAGUUCAUCGGCAAGAACGGCAAGGCUGCAAGAAGGCUCAAGGACGUGCAGCUCAGUGACGACAAGAUGUGCAAGGCUUACUUCGACUGCGUCAUGUACAUGCGCAUGAUGUACCAGCGAUGCAAACUCGUGCACGGAGACCUGUCAGAGUACAACAUGCUCUACUUGCAUGGCACCCUCUACAUCAUCGACGUCUCUCAGGCCGUCGACCUUGAUCACCCCAACGCCCUCGAGUUCCUCCGCAGGGACGCGGCGAACGUCAACGACUUUUUCCACAAGAAGGGCGUCAACACCAUGACGGUCCGGCAGCUCUUCGACUUCUGCGUGGACGAGAGCAUAGGGGACAAAGUGGAGGAAGCUGAGAAAUACUUGAUGCAGCUCCAGAGCCGCGUCGUCGAGCAGACCAUCACAGCUGAGGACGAGGUGGAGGCGGCAGUUUUCCAGCAGGCGUUCAUCCCGCAGAAUCUCUCACAGAUCGAGGAGAAGCAUUUCCUGGCGAGCAAGUUGUCGCAGUCCUCCAUCACCUCCAGCCAGACGAGGGUGAAGGCAGUAAGUCACUCCGACAGCGAAGAGGAGGAGGACGAGGACGAGGACGAGGACGAGGACGAGGACGAGGAGGACGGGGAGGGGGAGGGGGAGGACGAGGGGGACGAGGGGUCUGGCAGGCCAAAGGAUCCAACGCUCGCAAGAAAAUCGACCAUGUCCAAGGCGGAGUGGAAGAAGCUGGUGAAAGCGGAGAAGGCAGAGGCGAGGAAAGCAAAGGUAACAAUGAAGUGCUGCUCGCUCAAGUGA